GCCUAUAAACACAUCCAGCUGCGUGACUGGCUGCUAGGUUUUGUUUUGGGGGAAAAGUUCCACAGCUUCAUCGUCAGUAUAGUCUGAGCGGUCCUCCAGAGAGGAACAGGUGCGGGACAGGAUAAGGGAUUAUCGACGUUUCUCUAAAGUUUAUUGAAAACUGUUGCUCAGCUUGCCAUUUAAGCUUCGAAAAGAAAUGGCAAACUCGGGCGUUCAGUUGCUUGGGUUCGGUCUCUCUCUGAUUGGCAUCAUUGGACUGAUCGUGGGCACCAUCCUGCCCCAGUGGAAGAUGUCCGCGUAUGUGGGAGACAGUAUCAUCACCGCAGUGGCCACUUACCAGGGACUGUGGAUGUCCUGCGCAUUUCAGAGCACCGGACAACUUCAGUGCAAAAUCUAUGACUCUAUUCUGCAGCUGGACAGUGACCUUCAAGCAACCCGAGCUUUGAUGAUUGUGGGGAUCAUUGUGUCCAUUGCUGGUCUCGGUGUGGCCAGUAUAGGCAUGAAGUGCACCACAUGUGGAGCUGACGACAAAGUUCGCAAGACUCGCACGGCCAUGACUGGAGGCAUCAUACUUCUUGUAGGAGCCCUCUGUGCAGUUGUCGCCUGCUCGUGGUUUGCCCAUAAUGUGAUCCGAGCAUUCUACAACCCCUUCACUCCAGUCAACACCAAGUUUGAGUUUGGAGCAGCCAUUUUCAUAGCUUGGGGUGGCUCAUUUCUUGAUGUUCUCGGUGGAGCCAUGUUGGCUGCCUCUUGCCCUCGAAGUAAACAAGUGUCAAAAUAUCCUAAAAGUAACUCUACACGAUCAGCCAACGGCAGCAACAAAGAGUAUGUGUGAGCAAGACUGCCUCUCACUGGACAGACAUUGUAACAGCUUCAAAAGGUGAAGACUUUCUUCAGCAGAAUAAUCACUGAGCAUGCUGUAGAAGAAAUGAGGUGAGAAACGAGAAGGAAAACCGCUCACACUGUUGAAUGUUCCCUUGAUAAAAAAGUGGCAACCAGUUGUCUAAAAGUUUGAAUAAAAAUAUAUAUUUACAAACUCUAUGGGAGGUUUUAAAAUGGAGGAUUGUAGAAAUCUAGCGCCAGUAGAAAUACUCACAGCCCUCAGUGCUUCAGCUAAGUUGUUUUAUUAAGGAGGAGAAACUUUUGAUAGUGGGCCAAAUAUGUCGGCGUUCCCAAAGUGUCCACUAGGGAGCACUAGAAACAACACAAUGAGCUAGUGUUUCCUAAAAUGGGAGAGAUUUCCCAAGCUUUUGUUUGUGGAGUGUUUAUCCUACAACAGACGAAGUGCUAACAUUAUUAACACUCACAUGAGUCAUUGUUGUGUAGUUUGAUGUAAUCACAGUGUUUGAAGUAUUAUGAAUCUUCUUUCUUUUACUAAACACAUUUCUGCAUUAACUCACACUUGUCAUUACUUUACCCAUAAGCCCUUUUGAAUACUACAUAUAGUACUUAUAAAUGCUUCCCGAUAAUGUAAAUGUUAGUUAAAUAUUGUUCAUACAUUUGUGUUACAUGCUUAUUUUCAAUAAAUUUGCUUUCAUCCUA